AGAGAAUCUCUGGAGACUUGUGUGCAAGUUUGCUUCUGGCUAAAAGUUAAUGAUCAGUUACUUCUGUUCUCAGCUCUGAGCCCUGAGAAAGUAGCAAACUCAAGUUUUCUCUCUAUUCAGGUAAUCCAGAGUCUGCUCUCUCUCUCUUUUUUUUUAAUAUUGCCUUCACACAUUGCACCUCAGUGUAAAGUGACGAGUCCACAUACAACCCUUAGAAAGCUGUUUAAGGGGGCACCUGUUAACAGAUUAUUUGAAUUUCAAAUAAAGGAUCAGUAAUGCCACCAACGCCAGCUACCCCGCCUCAGUACCCACCUCCUGAUGGAGGGUGGGGCUGGGUGGUAGUUGGAGCUGCUUUUAUAUCCAUUGGGUUUUCAUAUGCAUUCCCCAAAGCAGUCACAGUGUUCUUCAAAGACAUUCAGGAAAUAUUCAGCACAUCCUACAGUGAAAUAGCCUGGAUAUCAUCCAUAAUGCUGGCUGUUAUGUAUGCAGGAGGUCCCAUCAGUAGUAUUUUGGUGAAUAAAUAUGGCAGCCGGCCAGUGGUAAUAGUCGGAGGCUUGCUGUGCUGUUUGGGUAUGAUUUUAGCCUCUUUCAGCAACAGCGUAGUGCAGCUUUACAUCACUGUGGGCUUCAUUGGAGGUUUAGGUUUAGCCUUCAACCUGCAACCAGCCUUAACAAUAAUUGGCAAAUACUUCUACAGGAAACGACCCAUGGCAAAUGGAUUGGCCAUGGCAGGAAGUCCUGUGUUCUUAAGUACAUUGGCGCCUUUCAAUCAGUUUCUUUUUAAUACUUAUGGCUGGAAGGGAAGCUUUUUGAUUUUAGGAGCUAUAUUUUUGAAUGCCUGUGUGGCUGGGGCCCUCAUGAGGCCCCUUGGACCCAAACAAACUACUUCUCACUCUAAAAAUAAGAUUGCCAUAAGAGAGGGAGUUUCGGGUUCAAAGAAAAUCCAGAAGAAAUCAAUAGCACAAAAAAUUAAUCAGUAUUUAGAUUUCUCCCUUUUUAAGCAUAGAGGAUUUCUGAUCUACCUCUCUGGGAAUGUCAUUAUGUUUCUAGGAUUUUUUGCCCCUGUUAUAUUCUUGGCUCCGUAUGCUAAAGACCAGGGAAUAGACGAGUAUUCUGCAGCUUUCUUGCUGUCUGUAAUGGCUUUUGUUGAUAUGUUUGCUAGGCCAAGUGUAGGGAUAAUUGCAAACUCCAAACUUAUCAGACCACGAAUCCAGUAUUUCUUCAGCUCUGCAAUCCUGUUCACUGGAAUGUGCCAUCUUUUAUGCCCUCUGGCCAAGGAUUACACAAGCCUGGUGAUAUAUGCUGCAUUUUUUGGCUUUGGGUUUGGCAGUGUUAGCAGUGUCCUGUUUGAAACUCUCAUGGACCUCGUGGGUGCUCAAAGGUUCUCCAGUGCUGUGGGCCUUGUCACAGUUGUGGAGUGUGGCCCGGUUCUUCUUGGCCCUCCUCUUGCCGGUAAAUUGGUGGAUGUAACUGGAAAAUAUGAAUACAUGUAUAUGUCCUGUGGGGCUAUUGUGGUAGUGGCAAGCAUAUGGCUGCUUAUUGGCAAUGCUAUAAACUAUAGACUGCUCGCAAAGGAAAGGAAGAAGGAAGAAGAAGCAAGGAAAAAAGAUGCACAGUCACACGAAGCCAGAGAAUCUGAACCCUUGAGCACAUGCAAAGAUGAUGAAGUUACUGUCAAAGCUCCAAAAGCACAGAAUACUCCUUCAGAAAGAGAAACUAACAUUUAAGAAGAAUCACAUCUCUGAAUUGGGUUUAUGAAUUUACUUAGGAGUUUGUGCUUUUUAAAAUAUUGGGAAAGUUUUCGCUGAUGCCAGCAGUUACAACUAAAGAGGGAAAAGAGAUUUUCCUAAAUAGCAAAUUAUAAAUUAGUUUUUGAAAACUUAUAUGAGUAGUUAAAUUUUGAGAUUAUGCACACUUGUAAUCCAUGCAAUUGGUGUAUUUCCAUACAUGACUCAGGAUUUCGUCGUUAAAAUACAAAUUUCAGCUUCUUCCAGUGACUUCUGUUCUUAGUUAUAGAAAGAGAUUUGAAUCUCAUACCCCUGGUUUAAUUAAUUAGAAGGAAUAUUUUUUAAUCCCAUUCAGUGAUCUUCACAUUUCCUUUAUAUUUGAUAUUAAAGCAUGAAAUGAGGUGAUCUUAAUUCCAAAAUGCAAAUGGCUGCUAUAAAAAGUAUUUGAUAUAUAAAAUGACUUUGAUAAAAAAGAUUACAUUUCACACCAUUACUUCUGGACACUUAGGCUAGAUUAAUCCAGACAUAUGAUUUCUUUGAGGGGUUGCCAUUAGUAUCUAGUUCUAAAAAAUGGAACCCUCGAAUGAUUUUUCAGAAUUCUUACCUAACAGUAAAUUGGAUUAAAAAUAUGAAUGGCACCUUGCAAUUAACUAUGUCCACUGAUUUUUUAAAAGGUAUUUUAGUUCUUAAUUAAAAAAGUAAUAACCAGAGAUUUCUUCUAACUAGAUCUCAGUUAAUAUCCACUGUUGAACUGAAUAUCAAAGAAUGAUCCGGAAUCCUACCUGACAGAGA